GUGGGCGGGGCGGGGGCGCACGGACACUACAAGUCCCGGGGAGCAGCGCGGGGCUCGCGCCGCAGUUCCGCGGUUGGUGCGGUGAGCGCGAGGCUUCGGGCUGCGAGCGGCUCCCGCGCCCGCCGAGGAGCCGCCGGAGCUGCCGCGGCCGGUGCGGCCCUGCCCGGCCGCCAUGGAUCUGUUCGGGGACCUGCGGCGCAUGAACAAGCGGCAGCUGUAUUACCAAGUCCUGAAUUUUGCUAUGAUCGUGUCUUCUGCCCUCAUGAUAUGGAAAGGGCUGAUCGUCGUUACUGGAAGUGAAAGCCCUAUUGUUGUGGUGCUCAGUGGCAGCAUGGAACCAGCUUUUCACAGGGGAGACCUGUUGUUCUUAACGAAUUUCCAUGAUGACCCAAUCCGAGCUGGGGAAAUAGUUGUUUUUAAAGUUGAAGGCAGAGAUAUUCCAAUAGUUCACAGAGUAAUCAAAAUACAUGAAAGAGAAAAUGGGAACAUCAAAUUUCUGACUAAAGGUGAUAAUAAUGAAGUCGAUGAUAGAGGUUUGUACAAAGAAGGUCAGAACUGGUUAGAGAAGAAAGACGUCGUUGGAAGAGCGAGAGGGUUUUUGCCUUACGUUGGUAUGGUGACUAUAAUAAUGAACGACUAUCCAAAAUUUAAGUACGCUCUGCUGGCGGUGAUGGGGGCGUACGUGCUGCUGAAACGGGAAUCCUGAGGAACCGCUUCUCAAGAACAAAGGGAAAAGCUAAAUAUGCCGGGGAAAAACUAAUAUAUUUCAGAUGUUUUCAUUUCUGUAUACAGUUACAAAACUGUACCAGCUUUUGUCUUGUCUAAAUAAACCGGACAAGUAAUGACUAAG